AUGACGUCCACAAUGUCAUCCCUAGGAGGUAAAGUACUUCCUCCCUUUCGUCAGGUAUUCCGCGUUCCCCCACGUGACUCCCUCCACUGGUUCCCCGGACACAUGCACAAAGGUCUGCGCCAAAUGCAGCAAAAGCUGAAAUCGGUGGAUAUAAUCAUUGAAGUUCACGACGCUAGAAUCCCCCUGUCAGGUCGCUAUGACCAAUUCAAGCAUACAAUUAGUGGUAUAAAGCCACACAUCUUUGUUCUCAACAAAAAGGACCUCACGGAUUUAUCGAAAGCCCGAUAUUUCGAAGAGAGACUCAAGUCCGAAGGCAUUAAUAACGUCAUCUGGACGAAUUUCAAGGACCAGCAAUGCAAAGGCAUGCACUCAAUCCUUCCCACCACCUUGAAGCUCAUCGAAGAGUCGAAACGAUACAACAGAGCUACCCAAGAGGACUACGCGGCGAUGGUGAUAGGCGUUCCGAACGUGGGUAAAUCCUCUCUGAUCAAUCGGUUGAGGAACAAACACCUCAGGAAGGCAAAUGCUACCGCUGUUGGUGGAAUUGCAGGGAUCACCAGAUCAGUCCUAACUAAAAUUAAAGUAUCUGAAAAGCCGGCGGUCUACGUGCUGGACACUCCAGGAAUUCUGGCGCCCUACAUAAAAAAUGCCAUCUCAGGCCUAAAACUAGCACUUGUGGGAUGCCUCCAAGAUCAUCUGGUUGGCCCUCAAGUUAUCGCUGACUAUUUGUUGUUCUGGUUGAAUAAGAAUGGACGAUUCGAGUAUGUGGAGAAGCUUGGGCUGCGGGCUCCCACCGAUGACAUUCUGGAAGUGCUGACCAUUUCAGCUGUGAAAAUGGGAAGAUCCAAAAGGAUAAAGAGUUUGGAGGGCCAGUGGAUCACUAGGCCCGAUUUCAAUUAUGCUGCUGAACAUUUUUUGAGACUCUUCAGGACUGGGGAACUGGGGGGAGUUUGUCUAGAUACUGAUACGUCGGAGGUGGUUGGGGAAUGAGACGGUGGGAGGCAGAGGUGAAUAUAGCUGGUGUCCAUGUGGAAAUAAUAAUUUCCUGAGUAAUAAACAAUUUUUGAUGACACGUAAACCUAAACCUAAUGAUUGUAGAUAUGAGAAAUUACUUGAACGACUUCAUUUUCAUAAAUAUAAAAUAAUUUGUCAUAAAUUGUACAGUUUUUAGAGAAUAAAUUUUAAUUUA